GAGGAAGUGCGGCAGGGCAGACCGAAGAUGAACCUGGCUACACUGCUUCUGCUGAGUCUUCUAGCGGUCGCUCACUGCGAAAGCUGGAACUCUGAGAAUCUCGACACAGACCUUCAGACACACCUUGGCGACGAUGGUGAAUACGGGCUUGAAGAAAAAAGUCUUCGCGCCUUCCAGUAUGAAUAUGAAUAUGAGGAUGAGGAUGAUGCUGAUGAUGAUGAUGCUGAUGAUGAUGAUGCUGAUGAUGAUGAUGAUGCUGAUGAUGAUGAAGAUUAUGGCGAUGAGGACGAUGACGAGGGUGAUGAAGGUGGGGACUAUGUAGGAGAAAAGGAAGAUGAUGGUGAUUAUAACGGUGAUGACCAAGACGAAGAUGACGUUUAUGAAGACAUCGAUGAACGAGUGGACAGCCAGUCAGCAGCAGGAAGCAAGAGAUUUUCGCAAAGGAAGAACUUACCACAGAGAAACAAAUUUCCGCCCAGGAACAAAUUAUCGCAAAGGAAGAACCUACCACAGAGAAAGACAUUUCCGCCCAGGAAUAAGUUUUCGCCUAGGAAGAAUUUUUCACCAAAGAGAGCAUCACAUAGAAGCGGACGAGUCGUGAAUCCGGAGACCUCAAGGCCGUACGACCGCAGGCGCCGACGCUUCAGGUUUGGGCGUCGCCGAAGUGGCCUCGGGAGAGCCGGACGCGACAGCAGCGAGGAGAACGAAGAGCCUUCCUUCUGGUCUCGCUUACUGCAUCGGAGGCGUGGAAAGCGGCAGUUUCGGACGGGCGGGAAGAGGAACAGCAACACCACCGACCGCGCGGCCGAGACGGAAAGUCUGGGAAACACACAGGCUGGAAGGCUGAAGAGGUCUCUGCGAACUCCUGGGACCAGCCUGGACAAGAGGGGCUUCUGGUCCGCCAUCACUUCUUUGUUCCGGUCCAAAAACGUGGCAGAAAAAUCCCGUGACCAAGGAAGAAAGCCAUCCAGGAUCACGGGGCCGCCAAGAAGAAACAAGGACGAUAAAGACGAUCUCGAUUACGGUGGCUCACACUAUGACAACGUUCAGCAUGACAGUGCCCAGUACGACAGUGGUCAGUAUGACAAUGACCAGUACGACAGCGCUCAGUAUGACUACGAAGCGCGUCGUGAAUUUCACAAACGUGCCAUUGACGAGGAAGAGGCUGCUCGCUCAAGGACUGCAGACGAGAGCAACGAGCAAAAGAGGAGCACUUAUUUGAAAGACAUGAAGAACUAUGAAGAUACGGAACGACGGGGAUGGACGGCAGUGAAGGCCGGGGAAGGCCAACGGCCGCAACCAGGAUUUGCUAGAAACACCAGGUUUAUCGGAAAUCUUUUCCGGAAAUUUGGGAGCUUAUUCUACAGUGGGGAUUCCGGGCAGCCUUCCAGGGAGGUUUCUCAAGAGAGUUCAGAAGAGAGCUCCGAGGAAGACAGCUCAGAAGAAACGUUUCAGGAGAAAACGUUGCCGAUGAAAGACUACGGAGUGCAAGGCGACCUCAACUACGGUUACAAGGAGUUAGGGGAACUAACACAUAGAACAGCUGAACAAUCAAAAGUUAUCCAGGAACUGGGUGAAAAAGCACAGGAUUACCAGGAACCGGCUGAACAAUCUCAGGAUUACCAGCAACCUGCUGAACAAUCACAGGAUUACCAGGAACCUGCUGAACAAUCACAGGAUUACCAGGAACCUGCUGAACAAUCACAGGAUUACCAGGAACCUGCUGAACAAUCACAGGAUUACCAGGAACCUGCUGAACAAUCACAGGAUUACCAGGAACCAGCUGAACAAUCACAGGAUUACCAGGAACCGGCUGAACAAUUACAGGACUACCAGGGACCAGCAAAAAAUACAGGACUACUAGAACCAGAUGGACCGGACUAUCAGGAUAUAGCUGAACAAUCACAGCAACCAAAUGAGCAGUCAGAAGAUUACCAGAAAGCUGAUGAACAAGCGAGUUACAAAGAUCCAAAUGAACAUUCUCAGGGUAACCAGGAUGGAGACUUAUUCCAACCAUCGGGUGUAGACGGUGCACAGGCCGUUCAAGGAAAGGAAGUGUUCCAAGAAACGUACCAGAGCCCACACCAGCCACAACCUCCUUCUCUGUUUCCACCUCAAGUACCAGCCCAAGUCCAUUAUCAGGUUCCAGCCCAAGCCCCUUAUCAGGUUCCAGCACAGAUGCCGUAUCAAGUCCCAAGUCAGAUGUUUUAUCAGAUUCCUCCUCAGGUUCCUUAUCAGAUUCCUGGGCAGGUUCCUUACCAGGUCCCAAUACAGAUGCCUUAUCAGGUUCCUAUACAGGUUCCUUAUCAGGUUCCAGCCCUGGUUCCCUUCCAGUUACCAGCACAGAUACAACGCCUAGUUCCUGAACAGUUACAUGACUAGAUCCAAAAAUACCAGAUUUAUUGGGCGUUUACCUGAAACUGGCCGAGUUUUUAAAAUUAGCCUACAGAGUGAAACGCCAUGAUUUGCUUCCCAUUUGUUUCUGCAUUCUGAUUUUACUUUAACCCUGCAAGAAUUUCAGAAAGGUUAUACACAUACUUUCCUAGAGCUAAACAAAAAUCAAUGCAUUAAAAAAAUGUGCUUCUAGCCUUACUCUGUAUAACAAAUUUGUAACACAUUAAAAUCUGAACAAGCCUAA